GGACACCAAGAAACACGAAUACGCCUAAAAUUUCAUGCUGAAAAUUUGUAGUAUAUCCACACACUCUGUCUGAAACACUUCCAGGAAACUUUUGACUUCUCCAGGAUACUUUUGACAUUUUAAGGACACUUUUGACUUUUUAAGGACACUUUUGACUUCUCAUAACUCGACAAUUUUUUGGAAUAGAUUUUUCAUUAUGUUGUCACACACCCACCGGGCUCUCCUCAUGAGCGUGGCCUUGAUGCUUGUUGGGAGAAGUUUUGCUGCUGAAACCUGCGUCGCUUCCUGCGAGGGCAAGGCACCGGGGUCCUACAUAGAAGAUCCCCACGACUGUCAUCAAUACUACGGAUGUCUUUACGACGGCAACAAAACUGACACUCCUUUCCGCUGUGACGAAGGAUAUUAUUAUAGUUCAUCCUACAACGACUGCACCUACGGCUCCUGCAAUACCAAAUGUCCCCUCAGUUGUACCCUAACCUGUCAUGGCUCCCUCACCCUACUAACAUACCCCGGGGACUGCCACAGGUACAGGGUAUGUACCCCAGAAGGAGGAAUAACAUCCACGAUCUGUCCAUCGGAUCGUCCAUACUUCGACGGUAGUGAAUGUCAAACAGAUCCUGGUCUCUGUUGCGAUGCCUGUGAGGUUAAAUGUUACUAUCCGGGGGCACAGAUUGUAGAUCCCUACAACUGCACGCAAUUCUACUUUUGUGAAAGCGACGGUAGUUUUAUUUCUGGCUGGUGUGGAGAAGGCAAAAGUUUUGAUGCCGCGACUGCGCAGUGCGUGGAUGGAGCGGUAUGUCAGAACGCAUGUUCUGCGGACCAGAAGAUGGCAACCGUCAAACAUGAGAAAAACUUGGUGCCGAAGCAAUAUAGACCGUACGAGAAAAUGCAAACUUUGGUGAAAAAUAGAGUGCCCAAGCAUUCUGUGCCUCAGCAUGUCGUGCCUCAGCAUGCCGUGCCUCAGCAUGCCAUGCCUCAGCAUGCCGUGCCUCAGCAUGCCGUGCCUCAGCAUGCCGUGCCUCAGCAUGCCGUGCCUCAGCAUGCCAUGCCUCAGCAUAUUGCACCUCUGCGUAUUGCGCCGAAGCAUGCCGUGCCUCAGCAUGCCGUGCCUCAGCAUGUCGUGCCUCAGCAUGCCGUGCCUCAGAAUGCCGUGCCUCAGCAUGCCGUGCCUCAGCAUGUCAUGCCUCAGCAUGCCGUGCCUCAGCAUGCCGUGCCUCAGCAUGCCGUGCCUCAGCAUGCCGUGCCUCAGCAUGCCGUGCCUCAGCAUGCCGUGCCUCAGCAUGCCGUGCCUCAGCAUGCCGUGCCUCAGCAUGCCGUGCCUCAGCAUGCCGUGCCUCAGCAUGCCGUGCCUCAGCAUGCCGUGCCUCAGCAUGCCGUGCCUCAGCAUGCCGUGCCUCAGCAUGCCGUGCCUCAGCAUGCCGUGCCUCAGCAUGCCGUGCCUCAGCAUGCCGUGCCUCAGCAUGCCGUGCCUCAGCAUGCCGUGCCUCAGCAUGCCGUGCCUCAGCAUGCCGUGCCUCAGCAUGCCGUGCCUCAGCAUGCCGUGCCUCAGCAUGCCGUGCCUCAGCAUGCCGUGCCUCAGCAUGCCGUGCCUCAGCAUGCCGUGCCUCAGCAUGCCGUGCCUCAGCAUNUUAUAUAUGAAUUAAAUAUUCAAAAGACAUUUCACGCCCCAAAUCUUGACGCCUGA